CAAUUUGAUUAAACUUUAUUAUGGUUAAGAGACUUAAGUGUCCAAAGUCCUAUAAUGAUAAUAAUGAUUGUUGAUAAUGACAACAAUAUGCAUUUCAAGGCACUUUAUUUCGUAUUGUACAAGGUCUAUUUUUUAAUAUUGAAUUUUGUAGAAUCACGGCUCUAAAUAAUUCAGCACUUUUAUUGUUAGGCUUGUGAAGUGUGAACCUAUCUUCUCAUAAUUAAACUCCCAAACUUUUCAAUGAUUUCCCUUUUUCUCCAUCAUUAUUAAUAAUUUUAAAUUUAAUUCAAUAGGACCUCCUUUGAUUCCGGAUUAUCAGAAGACGCCAAAAUCAACGGGCCAAAAAAGAAAAUUAAUCCCCCCACUAAACAAAUCAUUUUAAAAAAUAUUUUCUACCAUCUCUCUCUUGUUAACAUGCUUUGCCAACCUGUGUUUUCUCAUCAUCUUCCAAUCUCCUAUUGCCACGUGGUACUUGACCCCACGUAGAGUAUGUAGUCAUUCCCUUUUUAAAAGCCUCAAAUCAUAGCUUCAACCAAAAAGCUCCACACACUACUACACUCAAAUCCCUCUCACAUAAAUAUUCAUAUUCUAUAGGCAACACUCACUCACUCACUCAUUCAUUCUCCACUAAAGCCCUGAUAAUUGAUGAUCUUGAUCAUCAUCAUCAUUAGAAUGGCCUCAUCUUUUUGGUUCCAUUUAGUACUAAUCAUUCUCAUGUCCAUAUUCUCAAUCUCUUAUUCUUCUCAGCUCAAUACUCAACCCUCAACACUUGUUCCUUCUCCUUCUUCAUUCUCCUCAAAUCAACCUCCUUCAUUCCAACAACUAUCCCCAGAUAUCACCCCACUUCUGCCUUCCCCUGGUGGAGUUUUGCCUACUCCAACAGUCUCAUCUGUUCCAACCAUUCCCUCCAAUCCAAGCCCUCCAAAUCCCGAUGAAUUAGCCGCCACCGCAGCCGGCCCUGCCUUUUCGCCAUUUGGACCAAUGCCGGUUUCUAAAGCAACAGCAGCUACUACCUUAGCUUGGCCUCCAAACUUGGUUGCUUUUGCAGGCUUUGCAGCAUAUGUGUAUGGCUUUAUGCAACUCCUUUGGAUGUGAAUUUUUUCUAUUUCAUCUUCAAUGUUUUUCAUUCUUUUCAUUAGUCUAAAAUAAUAAAUAAUAUUAUGUAUAUGUAAUUAAUUUAGUGCCUCUCCUUUGUAAUGAAAAGAGCAUAUAUUAUGUGAUUUAGUAUUAAUUUUCUUUCUACUUCAAAAACA